GAAUUUUGAGUCCACUUUACCACUUACCGUGCACUGUUUUACCUUUCUCGCGUCAGGACUCAGGAAUCUGAGAGGUCCAAGCCGGAAAAUGCUACAAGUAUACCGACUACAAUCAAAUCUCUGAUUUCAUAACGUUUAGCCCGACCGUAUAUACAUUUUGGUGUUAGAUUACACUUGUUGAGGACCAUCCUCACCUUCCCUCCGGAUCCGAGGGAAUUGUUGAUUUCGCUCGAGAUCUGGUCUACGAAGAACAAAGAAAAUUGAACUAGAAGUCGGGGAUUGGAAAAUGGGAAUUGUGUUUACUCGGCUUUUCUCGUCUCUAUUCGGUAAUAAGGAAGCUAGGAUUCUUGUUCUCGGAUUGGACAAUGCUGGAAAGACCACGAUUCUCUAUCGGCUUCAAAUGGGAGAAGUCGUUUCCACUAUUCCAACAAUUGGAUUUAAUGUUGAAACAGUGCAGUACAAGAAUAUAAAGUUUCAAGUCUGGGAUCUAGGAGGACAGACUAGUAUCAGACCAUACUGGAGAUGCUAUUUUCCAAAUACUCAGGCCAUAAUAUAUGUUGUUGAUUCAAGUGACACUGAUAGGCUGGUUGUUGCUAAAGAGGAGUUUCAUGCCAUACUUGAGGAGGAUGAGUUAAAAGGUGCUAUUGUUCUCAUAUAUGCUAACAAGCAGGAUCUUCCUGGUGCACUAGAUGAUGCUGCAGUGACCGAGUCCUUGGAGUUGCACAAGAUUAAAAGUCGACAAUGGGCAAUUUUUAAGACUUCUGCCAUCAAAGGAGAAGGCCUUUUUGAGGGAUUGGACUGGUUGAGUAACACCCUCAAGUCAGGAAGUAGCUAAAUUUCGUCUUAUGAGCCAAUGCAUAGAGGUACAGACAGCAGAAAGUGUCCUGGGGUACAAAACUAUAAAUGAUGAUAGAUAUAUGCCAUCCUCCAAUUGUUUAUGAUGUUAUUAUAGCUCCGGAGGUGAAGUGAAAUCAUGACUGUCUGGAAUGUAUUACUAUUCAUAUACAUACACCCUUGAGACAUUUUCAGCUUUCGUAUUGAUUCUAUACUUUAGGGGUCAAAAUUCCAUGUGCUGAACAUGAAGGUGUUUGAAUGGAUCAAUAUAUAUUUAUUUUCUUUCUUUCUUUAUUGCGUG